GCCUCGUCCUCCUCGCGCGUGCGCGCGGUGGGGCUCGCGCGGGGCCCCGCCUCUUCGCUGGCGAUCGCACCUCUCCGCCUCGGCGAUCGGGCCCCGAGAGACUGCAGCCCAGAGGGGCCCUGCCCACGCUGUGGCCCGCUCUCUCAGCACCGGGCCCACGCGUGUUCGUGCAGCGGUGUGGGUGGAAAGGCUGCCGCCGGAGCCAAUCAGCCCUCCAGUCCUCCCCCCAGCGGGUCAGCAGGUCCGACUCCCGCAGCCCGGGCUUCAGUGGCCGUCAGCUCAAGCCCCAGUUUUCCCAAAGACAAGAUUUGCUCCCAGUAAGAAACUGCCCGUCCCACGUUGGCGGCACAAAGAAGCAAAGCACAGUUUGAAACGGAAAGGGGCACUGCGGCUGUGAAAGAGUUCCUUGCUGCCCUGUGAACCGACUGGCGGUGACAGUCUGACCUUGAGCACACUGAUCAGUGACCAGGAGUCGCACUCUGGGAUGUGCACGCGAUGAUGGGCAGCAAGGACUUAGAAGCUGAAAUCCAUCCCCUGAAGAACGAAGACAAGAGGUUGCAGGAGAAUCUGGGAAGCCAAACGACAAAGGAGGACAACCUGAAAGGCUUGCCUCGGCAGCCCGGCCUCUCCGGCUGCCGGACAGUGGCGUUUUUUCUUUCACUGUUUGUCUGCCUUUUUGUGGUGUUCGUGGUCUCGUUCAUCAUCCCCUGUCCGGACCGGCCCGCGUCCCAGGGGACAUGGAGGGUCUACUACAACGCAGCAGUCACCUAUGACUUUCUGGCUACAGAAGACAUAAACAGGGACAGGAUCCAAGACGUUCUCUUUCUAUAUAAAAAUACCAACAGCAGCAACAAUUCCAACCUGUCCUGCGCUGACGAAGGCUUUUCUUCCCCCUGCACCUUUGUGGCCGCUGUGUCAGGGGCCAAUGGCAGCGUGCUCUGGGAGAGGCCCGCAGCCCAGGACGGCGCCCUUGUGCAGUGUGCUGUCCCACAGCCACAGGGCGGCAGGACAUCGUCUGCCUGCAUCCUCGUGGGCAGACCCAGUUCCUUCGUCGCUGUGGACGUGUUCACAGGGGAGACCCUGUGGAGCCACCCCAGUAGCUUCGGAGGGAACGCUUCCAUCCUGAGCUCUUUACUCCGACUGCCCGACGUCGAUGCUGAUGGGGCCCCAGACCUGCUGGUUCUCACCCAGGAGGGGAAGGAGGUACCGCUCCCCCCACCAGCUGGCUCACCGCGGCCCACUCCCCAUCAGGCCUCUUCUCUGCCCUUGGUCAGCGGCUACAUCUAUUCCGGCAGCACUGGUCACCAGAUCGGCCACCGAGGCAGCCUUGGUGUGGGUGGGACCAGUGGCUCCCUCCUCCACGUCACCAGGAUGGGUGCUCACUACAUCCUUUUCCCUUGCGCAAGCUCCCUCUGUGGUCGCUCUGUGAAGGGUCUCCAUGAGACGGUGACCGGGAGAGGGAGCCCACUGAAGAGAGACCCGCUCUGGGAGGGCAUGCUCAACGCCACCACCCACGGGCUGCUUUGGCGCAGCCCUGGAGCCAUCCGCUACCUGAUGACCGUUCCAGGGAAAGUGGGUGAGGACCUCCUCCUCGUGAGUUCAGAAGCCUGUGUGCUGUUGGACGGGCAGGAGCUGGCACCCAGGUGGAUCUUCAGCGCAGCCCGGGUCCUGAGAAGACCCAUCCUUGGCUACUACAAACCUGACACCUUGGCUGUGGUCAUUGAAAAUGGAACCGGCAUUGACAGACAGAUCCUGCUCCUGGACCUCAGCACAGGGGCCGUCCUGUGGAACCAGGCCCUCCCGGGCCUCCCCGGGGACCCGCAGUCCGCCAGCCUGCCAACCGCAGACCACCGCUCAGCCUUCUUCUUCUGGGGUCUCCACGAGCUGACGGGCACCAACCAGACAGUACAGGAGCCCGGAGACACCCAGCACAGCCUGUACAUGUUCCACCCCACUGUGCCCGGCGUCCUGCUGGAGCUGGCCAACAUCUCCGCCAACAUCGUUGCCUUCCAAGCGGUCCUGUUUGAGCCAAGCCGCCACGCUGCCUACGUCCUCCUGACGGGCCCCACUCGCCAAGACGCUCCCGGCGUGGUCUCUGUAGCCAAGCACAAGGUGCGGGACCUCGUCCCGAGCAGUAGGGUGGUUCGCCUGGCCGAGGGCGGGCCCGACAGUGACCAGGCGGUCCGGGACCGGUUCUCCCGCCUGCGGUACCGCAGCGAGGCCUAGACGCCUGGUGGCCAGCGAGGUGCGAGAGGCUCCAGCUGCUGAGAUUAAACACCGUGGGACAUCGGUCUCUCGCUCGGUUUGCAUGCUGACCCCUCUCGUCUCCGUCGUGCCCAGGGACGUGCGUGGGUGAGGGGACGGCCGGGCCUCUCCCUCAUGCGCCGCACACCACGUCCCCGCAGGUCCUCGCUCUGCCCCACUGGGGUCCUGCUCAUGGCCGGCUGCCUUCACCGUGGCCUCUCUGGGCUGCCUUGGGCACAGCUGGGCCCUACAGCACCACUCUCACUUGUCCACACCUGGCUGGAGGGGCCGGGGCUUUGGGAAGAGCCCCAGCCUACAGAAGUCCCCUCCCUCGUCCCAUCUGCACCCACCCUGUCUGCACAUCUCCCUGGGGCCUGCGGUGGCCUCAGGGCAACAGCCGGGCCCUGAGGCCAUUCCAGCUUCUGGCCUUUCUCAGAGCAAAGGGGGGGGCUAGACUCUGGUGUGGUUGGUGGACACUUGCCCUGGGGGCCCCUCUGACAGGCCCGUGGGGAAUGGGAUGCCUUGGAGCCGUGAGGCUGGCCUGCUGCUCGUGGAUGCGCCGAGGGGCAUUUUCACCCCUGUGUUGUGAAUGUCGCGAGGAACCGGCCGUAAGGCCCACACUGGGGUCAGUCUGUACCCCGUCAACACACACUGGAGCUGCUUGUCCCUCGGGGGUCCCCACACCCCUGGCCAGUGCCUGGCCUCCUCCUGGUGCUCAGAAGUCCUUGGCCGGCAGUGUCACCUGAUGCAGGACUCACCUCUGUGCCUUGCUGUGCCCCAGGCCUACCGCGGUGCUGUGUGGGGCUCAGUGUGCCCUGAUGACCCUGAGUACCACCGGAAGAAGCCGGAAUAAAUGAUUUGCACUGUC